GCCUGAUCUCAUGGAUAAUUAUUUGGCUUUAGUGCUUUCAGCUUUUAUUACCAAUGGACUUCUAGAGGGCCUGGUUGAAGUGAUUACCAGUAGCGAUGACCAUGUAUCUGUUAGAGCAACUAUCCUUUUAGGAGAACUUUUACAUAUGGCAAACACAAUCCUUCCUCAUUCCCACAGCCAUCACCUGCACUGCUUACCAACGCUAAUGAACAUGGCAGCAUCUUUUGACAUCGUGAAAGAGAAAAGACUACGAGCGAGUGCUGCACUCAACUGCUUAAAACGCUUCCAUGAGAUGAAGAAGAGAGGACCUAAACCUUACAGUCUCCAUUUAGACCAUAUUAUUCAGAAAGCAAUUUCAACCCACCAAAAAAGAGAUCAAUAUCGUGUACAGAAAGACAUCUUUAUUUUAAAGGAUACAGAAGAAGCCCUUGUAAUGAAUCUUCGAGACAGCCAGGUUCUUAAUCAUAAAGAAAAUCUUGAGUGGAAUUGGAAUCUGAUAGGGACCAUACUGAAGUGGCCAAAUGUAAAUCUAAGGAACUAUAAAGAUGAACAAUUGCACAGGUUUGUAAGGAGGCUGCUGUAUUUUUACAAGCCUAGCAGUAAACUUUAUGCCAACCUGGAUCUGGACUAUGCUAAGGCUAAGCAACUCACCGUGGUGGGUUGUCAGUUUACUGAGUUUCUUCUUGAAUCAGAAGAGGAUGGACAAAGUUACCUGGAGGAGUUGGUUAAAGAUAUUGUGCAUUGGCUCAAUUCAUCAUCAGGAAUGAAACCUGAACGUAGUCUUCAAAAUAAUGGGUUAUUGAACAAACUGAGGAAGAGGGAAAUGGAGGCCAAAACAUGCCCUUUCCUUAGGAAUGGUAAAAGGAAGAUUAGGCAAAAUGUGGGUCCACUGGUGAACAGCGUGGGUGCCCUGGUUACAAAAGACACAGAAAAAGCAGAGUUACUUUAUGACUUCUUCACUUCUGUGUUUACCAAGGGCAGCCCUUUAGAGUCCCAGGCACUAGGGACAAGAGAAGGUCCCCAGAGAGAGGAAGACCUGCCCUGGUUAGGGGAAGAUUGGAGCUGCAGGUUGUAUGCAACGAAACACUUACGAGUAUUACUGAGAGCAAACGUAGAGUUCUUCAGCAACUGGGGGAUUGAGUUACUGGUGACCCAGUUACAUGAUAAAAAUAAAACUAUUUCUUCAGAGGCACUUGAUAUUCUAGAUGAGGCAUGUGAAGACAAGGCCAAUCUUCAUGCCCUCAUCCAAAUGAAACCAGCGCUUUCUCAUCUUGGAGACAAAGGUUUACUUCUACUCCUAAGAUUUCUGUCCAUUCCAAAGGGGUUUUCCUACUUAAAUGAAAGAGGCUAUGUAACAAAGCAAAUGGAGAAAUGGCAAAAGGAAUAUAAUUUAAAGUAUGUUGAACUAAUUGAAGAACAACUUAAUGAAGCACUUACCACAUAUCGCAAACCUGUUGAUGGUGACAAUUACGUUCGUCGGAGCAACCAAAGAUUACAGCGACCACAUGUCUACCUGCCCAUUCACCUUUAUGGCCAACUGGUGCACCAUAAAACAGGCUGCCAUUUAUUGGAAUCUCAGAGUAUUGUUCCAGAUCUCAGUUACACUGUUCGUUCCCCAAUGCUAGAUAAGUGGGAAGGAAUUAAGCAGCUCAAAGCAGCUCUUUGGGCUUUGGGCAACAUUGGAUCAUCAAAUUGGGGUCUUAACUUGCUUCAAGAGGAGAAUGUGAUCCCUGAUAUAAUGGCACUUGCCCAGCAUUGCGAGGUUCUCUCCGUUAGAGGCACCUGUGUCUACGUGCUUGGUUUAAUUGCCAAAACCAAACAAGGAUGUGACAUUUUGAAACAUCAUAACUGGGAUGCAGUGAGGCACAGUCGUAGACAGCCUUGGCCAGUGGUCCCUGAUGACAUGGAGCAGCUCUGCAAUGAACUUUCCUCUAUACCCAGCACUCUCAGCUUGAACUCUGAGUCCACUAGUUCUAGGCAUAAUAGUGAAAGUGAAUCUGCACCUUCAAGUAUGUUUAUCAUGGAGGAUGACCGUUUUGGCAAUACUUCCACUAGUACAUUCUUCCUAGAUAUUACUGAAGAUGCAGAACAAAUAUUUUAUGAAAGACCUGGACCUUCAAAGGACAAGGAUCGUAGUCCCUUUCCAUUUUUUUCUUCUAGCAGAUUUGUGAAAAAUCGCAUUUUAAACUCACUUACUCUACCUAAUAAAAAGUACAGAAGUAGCAGUGAUUCGAAAGGAGGAAAACUGGCAUCAUCUGACAGUAAAUCAGGCCUGAGGCGAAAUCGUACUGUAACAGAACCUUCCAGUAGCCUCGACUUUACUCCUGGGGAGGAGUUCAACCCUGCUUUCAGAGUUCCUAAAAUCCAGACUUUACGAUUAGAAACUUCUUUUGUUGGAAGUAAACACACAGAAGACACUGAUAGUACCCCGAGUAUUGGAGAAAAUGACUUGAAGCUGCCAAAAGGUCUUGGAAACGAAAAUCACCGGGAUAACACAAGCAGAGAAAGGCUAAUAGGAGAUGGUUCUACACAAACACAUUUCAAGAGCCGGAGCUUAAGUUUUAAUACAGAUACCACAACAAGUGGCAUAAGCUCAAUGAGCUCUAGCCCUUCUAGGGAGACUGUAGGUGUGGACACUACAAAUGUAGACACUGACUGUGGGAGUUUGAGUACUGUGGUUAGCACAAAAACAGUUAAACCGAGUCACUGUUCAACCCCACAGUCUAACCACCUGCCUCUCUCAAAAUCAAAUUCUGUAUCCCUGGUACCCCCAGGGUCUUCUCAUACACUUCCUCGAAGAGCCCAGUCUCUUAAAGCUCCUUCUCUUGCUACAAUAAAAAUUCUUGCUGACUAUAAUUUUAGCUAUACAAGUUCUCGAGAUGCGUUUGGCUACGCUACACUAAAACGCUUACAACAGCAGAGGAUGCAUCCCUCACUGUCCCAUUCAGAAGCUCUAGCAUCUCCAGCCAAGGACGUGCUGUUUACUGACACUAUCACCAUGAAGUCUGGCAGCCUGGACUCUCGGCUAACCCCAAGCCGGUUCAUGAAAGCUUUAAGUUAUGCUUCGUUAGAUAAAGAAGACUUAUUAAGUCCUAUUAACCAAAACACACUUCAGCGUUCCUCUUCUGUUCGCUCCAUGGUUUCUAAUGCUACAUAUGGUAGCUCUGAUGAUUACAUUGGCCUUGCGCUCCCCGUGGAUAUCAAUGAAAUAUUUCAGGUAAAGGAAACUCCGUAUUUCCAGAAAAAGACCACACCUCCAUUUGAUGACCAUGGAGCUCGAGUCUUUGCACCUGAUGCGGGAGGUCUACAAUCAGGUACAAGUGAUGUUGUCAAAAGUCCUUUCCAGAUGCUUCGACAGCAGAUCAGUCUCACAGAAAUAAUGAAUACAAGCCGUUCAGAUGCCUCUCAGUUUCUAGAAAAUACAGAGGAUACUGGACUGCAGGAGCACACAGAUGAGAACUGUCUUUAUUGUGUCUGCAUUCAAAUCUUGGGUUAUCAGCCUAACAACAAAGUGAACUCUUCAUAUAGUCGUGCAGAUUUUUCAGACAUUCCAUAUACUGACUGGUGUGGGCAGGCCAUACACAAUCACUUGGAUGUGCAUUCCUCCAAAUUUUCUGGAAUUUCAGGCUGUAGCGAUGCAGUAUCCCAUGGUUCAGCUAGCAGCACCAAGAGUACAGAGCUUGUCCUAGGAGUAAAAUCAAUUCCAGAUGAUACGCCAGUGUGUAGGAUACUGCUGCGGAAAGAAGUCUUACGUUUAGUGAUCAACUUGAGCAGUUCUGUAGGAACAAAGGGCCAUGAAACUGGACUCCUGACAAUAAAGGAGAAGUAUCCCCAAGCAUUUGAUGACAUAUGCCUUUACUCCGAGGUGUCCUACUUGUUAGCACACUGUACAUUUCGACUACCGUCUCGAAGGUUUAUUCAGGAGCUAUUUCAAGAUGUACAGUUUUUACAAAUGCACGAAGAAGCAGAGGCUGUUCUAGCAACAUCAACAAAACAACCAGUAAUUGAUGCAUCAGCUGAAUCCUGACCUCUGUCUCAGGCAGUGUAUCAUAUAUGGACUUAACUGAAAUCCUCAAAUAACCUCCAGUUGCCUGGAUGUACUACUUUGGAGCAUCAUCUUCUAGACUGUUCCAGAAGCUACUGGUACCAGAAGAGUGAACUGAAAACCUUUCUUUUCCUCAACCAAUUACUGCCCCAGUCUUUUGAGCCCUUUGGGGAGUUAUUAAACAUUACCAUAGUUUUAAUAAUAAUAAUUACCAGUAUAUGUAAGAGCCAAGCACUGAACACCUCCACAAAUUUUCAUUUCAUUUUUUAACAUAAAUAAAAAA